AUGAUCCUAACGACGUGCGCCGCCUGCGCCAAGUCAAUCGACCACGACGCCCCCGCGCACUGUGUGAAUUGUCAAACUAGAUACUGCAGUGACCGGUGCGAGCGCUACGACCGGCGCCGCGGCGGGCACGGCAAAAUAUGCGGCGCGAUCGCGAGCGGCGGCGGCGCCGAACAACACCACGCUAACCAGAAAUACGAUGAGGCCGUCGCGGACGCUGUCGAGAUAUGUGCGUACGACACGGAAGGCCAGACUUGCUUUAUUUGUAUGGACGGCGAUGCUGAGGAAGGUCUCGUUCGCGGCUGCGCGUGCCGUGGGGCGGCGGGUUUCGUGCACGUGUCGUGCUUGGCGCGGCAGGCGCAGGUUUUGGUCGCGGAGGCCGAGGAGAGGGAUUUGGACGACGACGCGUUCAAUGCGAGGUGGCGGCGGUGGGAGAAGUGCGGCCUGUGCGAGCAAAAAUACCACGGCGUCGUGCGGUGCGCGCUCGGGUGGGCGUGCUGGAAGACGUACGUGGGCCGGCCAGAGGAAGACUGGGCCCGGCGCAUGGCCAUGAGCGUGGUAGGAAACGGUUUAUACCAUGAAGGUCACUACGCGGACGCGUUAGUCGUGCAGGAGGCCGAGUUGUCUAUGCUGCGGCGCCUUGACGAUACAGACUUCGUCAAUAUUCUCGCAGUGCAGAACAAUCUUGCGGGCACGUAUCAAUAUCUCGGACAGUCCGAACAGGCCCUGCAGCUGAAGCGAGACGUAUACUCUGGAUAUGUGAAGCUCAAGGGCGAGGAAAGUAGAAACACCAUGGUGGCAGCCAACAACUACGCGAAUGGCCUUCUCGUGCUACGGCGGUUCGAAGAAGCAAAGGCUCUGUUGCGCAAAAUAUUACCCGUGGCGCGGCGUGUUCUCGGAGAGAGUGAUACACUCAAGCUCACGAUGAGGAAAAUUUACGCGAUGGUGCUCCACAAGGACGACGACGCGACGCUCGACGAUCUCCGUGAGGCCGUGAAUACGCUCGAGGAGUUGGAACGGACCGCGCGGCGCGUGCUCGGUGACGUGCACCCAAUCACAGAAGGGAUGGAGGACGAAUUGCAAGACGCGCAAGACGCGCUCUACGCCCGCGGGUUACCCUGA